AUGGUUAUGCUGGAUGAGCUAUGGGACUUGUGGGCGCUGGCUCAGCAAGAAGAAUUGCAGCACAGCCUACUCACAGCAGUAGCAGUCUGCACAGCACUGGCAGCUGUGGUGACAGCCUACAUCUUCACGAGGGCCCGACCGGUGUAUCUGCUCAACUACAGCGUGUACAAGCCGCCUGAGGAGUGGCGCGCCUCACAUGACCAAUUCCUUGAGAUUUCGCGAUUGUGCGGGGCGUUUGAUGACGCCAGCAUAGCAUUCCAGACAAAGUUGGUGGCCAACGGCGGGCUUGGACAGGACACCUACCUGCCGGAAGGAGUGCUGGCGCGGCCGCCGCAGCCGACGAUGGCGAAUGCGCGGAAGGAGGCGGAGAUGGUUCUGUUUGACUCUGUCAGGGACGUGCUGAGGGCCACAAACCUGCACCCCAGAAAUGUGGACAUUGUGAUAGUGAACUGCUCGCUGUUCAACCCGACCCCUUCCCUGAGCGCCAUGAUAGUGCACCACUUCAAAAUGCGGCCCAACGUGAUCACCUACAACCUCUCUGGCAUGGGCUGCUCUGCUGGCAUCAUCUCUAUUGGCCUAGCCAAGGAGCUCCUGCAGAUGUACCCCAACAAGAACUGCGUGGUGGUUAGCACUGAGAACAUCACCCAGAACUGGUACUUUGGCAACGAGCGCUCCAUGCUCAUCCCCAACUGCCUCUUCCGCGUGGGGGGCGCCGCCAUGCUGCUCUCCAACAAGGCCACCGACUACUGGCGCGCCAAGUAUGAGCUGCAGCAUGUUGUGCGCACGCACUUGGGCGCUUCGGACGAGUCCUACAACUGCGUCUACCAGAGAGAGGACGAGAACGGCAAGGUGGGCGUGCACCUGUCCAAGGACCUUAUGACCAUCGCUGGUCGCUCCCUCAAAGCCAACAUCACCACUCUGGGCCCUCUUGUGCUGCCCUUCUCAGAGCAGCUCCUCUUCCUCGCCAACCUCGUCUCGCGCAAGGUGCUGGGCAUGAAGGGCAAGUCGUAUGUGCCGGAUUUCAAAAAGGCGUUCGAGCACGUGUGCAUCCAUACCGGCGGCCGGGGGGUCAUCGAUGAAAUGGAGAAGCAGCUGCGCAUGACCCCUGCUCUCAUGCAGCCCUCACGUGACGCGCUGCACCGCUACGGAAACGUCUCAUCCUCCUCCAUCUGGUACGUGCUGGCGUCGAUCGAGACAAAGAAGGGCGUGAAGCGAGGCGACCGCGUGUGGCAGAUCGCGUUCGGGUCGGGCUUCAAGUGCAACAGCGCCGUCUGGCGCGCGUUGCGGCACGUGCACACUCAGCACGAGGCCUGGCUGGACUGA